CUCCAAGCAAUUUGCACAUGCCGGUCCUUGUGCCUGGUCACUCUUCCAGACCUUAUCCAUAGGAUUCCAGAAACAUGAACCCCUCCAUAGAACCUCUGGCCUGGAUUCACGAUGCUAGGGGAAAGUGACGAUCAAAGCCCCGGAUUCAUGUGUAGGCGGAGGUCCAGAACACAACCAGUUCCAAACCAGGGAUCCCGCGGGUGAGGGUCUGAGGCACCUCCACUCACCUGCGGCGGCGGGUCCAUCAGCGACGCUACCGGCCUGGCCGGAACGUGCAGGCUCAUCGGAACCUGCGGGCUCAUCCGAACCCCACACACGACUAGGCUGGGCGACCGUAGGCUGACGGUCGCACUCAGGGUGACGACACAAAGCGUCGGUUCCACAUCCGGGAAAACCGAGGCUCAGGAAGGAUGAACCACUGGCCGCGAGUGGAAGUGCGUGCGAAGGUGCGGCGAGGAUUCCGGAACUUCCCUGCUUCCUUCUUGGGUUCCAGCGGUCGCCUGGGCAGCGACCCACCGAGAGAAAACGAAAACAGCAAUGGCGACGACGUAAAUCCCGUCCGGUCCUCUGCUCCCGCCACAGAAACGCUCUCACUUGGAGCCUGACUGGCUCAAGGCCCGCAGUGGACUAGAACACUUUCCUUGAGUCAAUCGCCGCUUGAUCAUUGCCUACGUGACCAAGAAGGAGGCACCUCGUGUCCCUGCUCACGAUACGCGAACUACAUUACCCAGAAAGGCCCUCGCUUUGCGUUGCAACAGUGCUGACCAAUGAGAGCUCAGAAGAAGGGCAUUUUGGGCGGACUGUACGUAUUCUGGUUAGUGACCGCCUAGGGGCGGAUGUUUUGGGAACCACCGCGCUGGCGGGGGCGGAACUUCCAGUGUCGGACAGUUGCUUUGGUGUCUGCCUGUUAUGUCCACACGAGGCAGAUGCACCCUAUUGCUGGGCAGUGGGCGGUGCCCGAGAGGCCACCCAGGCGAAGGAAACGGGAGCAGAAAAGGCAUGAGAGUCUGGUAGAGGUCCCGCCUCUGUGCCCUGUAAGCCCCGUGACCCCUGCGACUGUCCGGCCUCCGCGAGCCCUAGUGUCCCGGGCCUUAGAGGGGCAGCCCCGGGCCCUCUGGCCGCACCAUACUUGGGUGUCCGCCAGGCCCUCCGCCAAAGCCCGUACAUGUCCUCAGCUUGGUGUGCGCUGAGAUGGAGGCACAACAGUCACCCGUCAGGAUCCAGCAUGUGGCUGGACUGCGAACGUGACCAGUGAGCCGAUGGACUAGGCACAGACAAGUAAGGAAGUGUCUCCUGGCCCCCACCCAGCUGGACACCAGCCCCUGUGUACUGUGUUCCGCACUGAAUCCCAGGCCUCGGCAUUCAGGACGGUGGAGCGUUCACAGGACAGUUAUAAUGGUGGCCUGUCUGGAAUAGUAGUAGCAGGAGAAGUGAGAGAAAUGAUCAGAUCCUGGAUCGAUUUUCCGAUGGAGUCGAUGGGAUUUCCUGCUACACUUGGAGAGUGAAUGGAGUUCCAGUUUGGCUACCAGAUAUCCAGGCUUCAGUUUACUGGUGGCCAGGACCAGAGAAGGAGCUAAGAAUGGGAUUUUGGAAGGAGAAUCUUAGGCUGUGGUUACAGAUGGGUCAUGAGGGUGAAUUGUCCUAUCCUGGGGCUGACCUCUCACAAACCACCUGAUCCCCUAUAAGAAUUGUUGCCUCCACCCCCCACAGUGUGGUCACCCAACUUGAACACUGCAAGGAGACAUGGCUGGUGGACAUGGCAGCUCAAAUCAGUCCAUGACCAGUCCUGGUUUUUGGCAGGAGCGACACCAUCUUGGGUCUACGUUUUUUUCUUUAACACUGACGCACAGAGUUCAGACCCCUGCACCGGAGGAGGGGGGCGAGCGCACACAGCUGCCCAGAGGCAAAGCAGAGGGCCUGAUGGUCUUUGAAGAUGUGGCUGUGUACUUCUCCAGGGAAGAGUGGGGCCUUUUGGAUGCAGCCCAAAGGGCCUUGUACCGCCACGUGAUGCUGGACAACUUUGCGCUUCUGGCCUCGCUGGGACUCUCUGCCUCCCGACCCCGUGUAGUCAUCCAGCUUGAACAUGGUGAGGAGCCCUGGGUCCUCAGUGGGACAGAUGUGACCUUGGCCAGGAACAACCAGAGGAGGCCCAGCCCUGGUUCCCAGCAUCUGGCAGAGAACAGAGAUAUUUCUGGAGAAGCAGUGUGGCCAAGGACCUUCCAGAACACCAGGGUCCUUCCCACCACUGCUGUCAGCAUGGGUGGGAAAAGCCUGGGGAGUCGGCCGGCCACCUCCUCAUCCCGGGAGAGAAAACCCUCGGGGGUCUCCGUGAUCUAUUGGGAAAGGCUCCUGCUAGGCCCCGGCAGUGGUGAGGCCAGUGUCAGUCUGCGGUUGACCUCCCGGCUUAAGGCUACCACCGGCAGCCCAACCACAGAGAAAGCCCUCACAGACCACCUGGGGCCAGGAAAGCAGCCAAGGGCGCCGGAGCGGCAGAAGCCGUCCCCGCAGGAGACCCCGGGGAGAACCUUCCCAGGCCACCCCGAUCUCGAGGCCGGUCACGCUGAGGGGGAUCGAGGAGUGCGGGUGGUGUGGCAGGAGCCUCAAAGACUCCCUGCCUACCAGGAGCCCCCGACCUGGGAUGAGCUGGGUGAGGCCCUCCCUACCGGUCCUGGCCUCCUCUCGGGGGAGAAAACCUUCGAAUGCAGGGCGUGCAGCAAAGUCUUCGUUAAGAGUUCCGACCUGCUCAAGCACCUGCGCACGCACACCGGGGAGCGGCCCUACGAGUGCGCGCAGUGCGGCAAGGCCUUCAGUCAGACGUCACACCUGACGCAGCACCAGCGCAUCCACAGCGGUGAGACACCCUACGCAUGCAUGGCCUGCGGCAAGGCCUUCCGGCACAGCUCUUCGCUAGUGAGACACCAGCGCAUCCACACGGCGGAGAAGGCCUUCCGCUGCGGAGAGUGUGGCAAGGCCUUUAGCCACGGCUCCAACCUCAGCCAGCACCGCAAGAUCCAUGCGGGCGGGCGGCCCUAUGCCUGUGCACGGUGCGGCCGCCGCUUCUGCCGCAACUCACACCUAAUCCAGCACGAGCGCACGCACACAGGCGAGAAGCCGUACGCCUGCGCGCUCUGUGGGGCUGCCUUUAGCCAAGGCUCCUCGCUCUUCAAGCACCAGCGCGUGCACACUGGCGAGAAGCCCUUCACCUGCGCGCAGUGCGGCCGGGCCUUCAGCCACAGUUCCAACCUCACACAGCACCAGCUGCUGCACACGGGCGAGCGGCCCUUCCGCUGUGGGGACUGCGGCAAGGCCUUCGCCAAGGGCGCCGUGCUGCUCAGCCACCGGCGCAUCCACACAGGCGAGAAGCCUUUCGUGUGCACUCAGUGCGGCCGCGCCUUCCGUGAGCGCCCUGCCCUCUUCCACCACCAGAGGACCCACACAGGUGAGAAACCCGUGCGGAGGCUCAGGGCCAGUGCGGGCCUGAGCUCCCAGACCAAGCCUCCGGGGGCAUUGUCAGCUGGCACGCCUGGGAGGGAAGCCAGGCCUACUCCCAGGUCAGGCCUCGCUGUGGUGCCUAAGCCAGCUGAGGCCUGAGGUCCCAUAUCUCAUU